UUAUAUAUCUUAUCUAUCUCCAAUAAACAGAUAAGUGAUAUUUGAUAACAUUUUUCUCUCGAAUAUGUGCAGUAGCUUUGUCUUGACAAAAUAAUUAAACAAUAAUUAUUUUAGUAUUCACUAAAUAAAAUUUUACUAAAUAUGUUAUAAAAUGUAUAGGGAAUGAUGAAUCCUAAAAAUAAUACAAUAAGGAUCACAGUGGUGGGUGAUGGUGAUACGGGAAAGACAUGUAUGUUGAUAGUGUAUAAAGAUAAGAAAUUUGAUGACAGAUAUGUACCAACUGUAUUUGAUGUAUACUCAAUGCUUAUUCCGAUAAAUGGAGUCGAAUAUAAAGUGAUACUCUCUGAUACUGCAGGUCAGGAGGAGUUCGAUAAACUGAGACGAUUAGCUUACAAAGAUGUGGACUGCUUUAUCGUGACAUACGCUGUAAAUGAAAAGACUUCCUUCGAAAACGUUUUCCUAAAAUGGGCUCCAGAACUCAAGAGAUUCUCGCCAAAAGCCAAAAUAAUUUUAGCGGGAACCAAAAUGGAUCUCAGAAGAAAUCAUCCCUCACAUAUCACAACUGAGCAGGGAGAAGAGUUAGCUAGAGACAUUAACGCUCACGGUUUUAUUGAAAACUCAUCCAAGACUAUGAGCUUUAUAGAUGCCACAUUCCAAAUGGCUAUUUCGGCUGUUAUGUAUAAUAGUAAUUACCUUAAAGUGAAAAGGGAAUCAUCGUGCAUAUGUUUAUAAAUUAUGAAAAUCAUUUUAAGAAUAAAUACUAAGGGUCGAUUUCUCAUACCUGCGGUAAUCUACGGUUCAGUUGAACCAGGUUCAUCGGUGAUCUACGGUUUUGUUGGGAAUGCAUUUCUCAUUGCGCGUUCAUGUCAGCGCUCGUUCUACAGCUUUCGAGAAAUGCCAAUAGAUGGCAAAAGGUAAAAAACUGUCGCCAUUUUGAACUACGUUUUUUAUGCUAUUUUUGAAUAAAGUUAAAUUUAAGUAUUUAUAGUCAAAUAGUCAUUUUAAUAAUUAUAAAUAAAUAUUAUAAAAACAACAAUAAUGUUAUCAUUUAUCGUUAGGCUUAAUAUAAUAAAAUGGGAUAUAUUUAUAUAUGACAGCGUUUCAUGUUAAUACAACGCAUGCGUAGUCCAUGAAAUCAUCUGAACUGAGUUCUGAAAUCUUUGAACGGCCGAAUUCCACCGUUCAAGUUUAAACUGCCAUCGGUUGAACGUGCGAAUUGAGAAAGACGAUUUUGACCUUAAACUGACGUUUACUAGAAGUUCAGGUUAAACUGGAGUUGAACUCGAUAUGAGAAAUUGCCCCUAAAACGUAUUUUUAAUGAACCUAUUUAUGCAUAUUAUUAAAAGAUUUCAGUUAGAAAAUUAAUCUAUUACUGAGGAUAACGUAUUAUCUGUAUUAAUAUUAGAAAAUUAAUCUAUUACUGAGGUUAACGUAUUAUCUGUAUUAAUGUCUUUAUUUGCCUUUUAAGCAGGUAUAUUAAUAAUAGCAUUGUUUAAAUAAAGUAUUAUCUUUGUAA